UUCUGAGAGGGGGUUACUUUCAAAAUUGAUGGAUUUUCAAGCUCCUAAGAACCAAACUAAAUUUAUUGAGAUAGUUCUCUAAGGGAUUAAUGGAUUUCAGCUGCUCUCCAGGAAUAAACUCAGCCUUGCCUUUUGGAUAGUCUGAAUACAGAUCAUAGAUUGAGAUGGAAGGAACCUGAGAUGAUUUGGUCCAAUUUCUCUGGGUUAAUUCCCACAGCAGGAUGAAGACAACUCGGUUGUAUGUCCUCUUCUUUUGUUGGAAAGCAUUUUGGUGCAAUGGCUGCAUGCUGACCAACAUCACCAUCUCAGUGGAGAGAGAGGAGUGUGAAUUCUGCAUCAACAUCAACACCACUUGGUGCUCCGGUUACUGCCACACACGGGACCUGGUAUAUAAGGACCCGAUCAGACCCAAUAUUCAGAAAGCAUGCACCUUCAAGGAAUUCGUCUAUGAAACCGUGAACCUGCCAGGCUGUGCCAAGCAGGCUGACUCCCUGUACUCCUACCCUGUGGCAACUGCGUGUCACUGUGGGCCAUGUGAUACUGACAGCACAGACUGCACUGUGCGAGGACUAGGACCACGCUACUGCUCUUUCAAUGAAAGGAAAGAAUAAAGCACCAUCCCACUUCUA